AUGUUCUUCUACACUCGAUAUCCCAAUUCCGGAGUAUUGAAAGCUUACUUUCCUGAUGUACGCUUUAAUAAAGUCAUCACUGCACAAUUAGUGAAAUGGUUUUCCAAUUUUCGAGAAUUUUUCUAUCAACAAAUCGAAAAAUAUGCGCGACAAUGCUUAGCCGAAGGUCUUCGAAACCCCGAAGAUUUAACCGUGACACCUAAUUGUGAACUCUAUCGAGUUCUCAAUCUUCAUUACAAUCGUUCGAAUCAAAUUAAUGUACCAAUCAGUUUUCAGAAAGCAACACAAGGAGCACUACGCGAAUUUUUCGUUGCUAUUCAACAGCAAAAAGAUCAUGAAUCAUCAUGGAAGAAAAGUAUCUACAAAAUCAUGCAACAAUAUGAAGAUCAAAUGCCGGAUUUUUUCAAAAACGAUCAUUGGAUGCAUUCCAUCUGA